GAAAAAACCAGACAAACCAAUGGCAGCAUGUUUGAAUCCACCUAGGUUAUCUAGCACUGAAGAUGACUCUGUCAUACUCUUCUCAACUUCUAAUUCUCCGGAAGAGUCCAUUAGUGCUUCUUCUUCCUCUUUCCACCACUCACCGCCACCAUCACAGCAACAAUUCAGAGCUGCAUAUAAACUUUCUGUGAGAAAUCUCUCCUACACUUUGCAGCCUCACAAGACCACUUCCUUUUCAUUUUGUCAUCAGAGUAAAAAACCAGAGCCCUUGAAUAUACUCAACUCAAUCUCUUUUAUAGCCAGAAGUUCUGAGAUUGUUGCUGUGGCUGGUCCUAGUGGAACAGGAAAGUCUACCCUUCUGCGAAUCGUGGCAGGAAGGGUAAAAGAUGAAGACUUUGAUCCUAAAAGCAUUUCAAUCAAUGAUCACCCUAUGACUAGUGCAGCUCAGUUGAGAAAGACAUGUGGGUUUGUGGCACAAGAGGACAAUUUGCUUCCUAUGCUGACUGUGAGAGAAACUUUGCUGUUCAGUGCAAAGUUCAGGCUAAAAGAAAUGACCCCAAAAGAUAGAGAGUUGAGGGUAGAAAGCUUGUUGCAAGAGCUAGGACUUUCACAUGUUGCUGAUAGUUUUGUUGGGGAUGAAGAGAAUAGAGGGAUAUCUGGUGGAGAGAGGAAAAGAGUGUCAAUUGGAGUUGACAUGAUUCACAAUCCUCCAAUUUUGCUCCUAGAUGAACCAACUUCAGGUCUAGACAGCACUUCAGCUUUGCAAGUCAUAGAGUUACUGUCAUCAAUUGUUAAAGCAAAGCAUAGGAUAGUGGUUCUUUCAAUCCACCAACCCAGCUAUAGAAUAUUGCAGUAUGUUUCCAAGUUCUUGAUCCUCUCUCAUGGUUCUGUUGUUCACAACGGUAGCCUAGAACAACUAGAGGAAACCAUAAGUAAACUGGGACUCCAAAUCCCAACACAGCUGAAUGCUUUAGAAUUCUCCAUGGAAAUUAUACGAGGAUUGGAAGAUUUCAGUUCCAAAUAUGUGGAAAAGGAGCCAUUUCCACACCUCAUGUGGGCAGAAGAAGAAGAAAACUGUGGUGGAAUCCAAAUUGUGCAAUCACAGUUUACCAAGGAAAGUUUUAGCAGUGUUUGCUAUGCAUACUUGGUGGAGAUACUGUUUUUGUGCUCAAGAUUUUGGAAGAUCAUUUACAGAACAAAACAACUUUUCUUGGCCAGAACAAUGCAAGCACUGGUUGGUGGCUUUGGUCUGGGAAGUGUUUAUAUAAAGGUAACAAGGGAUGAAGGAGGAGUUGCAGAAAGGUUAGGACUAUUUGCAUUCAGUCUUAGUUUUCUCCUCUCUUCAACAGUUGAAGCACUUCCAAUAUACCUUCAAGAGAGGAGUGUUUUGAUGAAAGAAGCCUCAAGGGGAGCCUAUAGGAUUUCCUCUUACAUGAUAGCCAACACUUUUGUUUUCCUUCCUUUCUUGUUUGUGGUAUCCACACUUUUUGCGGUUCCUGUGUACUGGCUUGUAGGCCUCAACCCUUCUCUUUCUGCCUUCACCUUCUUCACUUUUGUGGUGUGGCUCAUUGUGCUCAUGGCAAGUUCUCUUGUGCUCUUCUUAAGUGCAGUGUCUCCUGAUUUCAUUUCAGGGAACUCUCUCAUCUGCACAGUUCUUGGAGCCUUCUUUCUGUUCUCAGGGUACUUCAUUCCAAGGGAGAGUAUCCCAAAGUAUUGGCUUUUCAUGUACUAUGUGUCCCUCUAUAGGUACCCUUUGGAUGCACUCCUCACAAAUGAGUACUGGAAUGUUAGAAAUGAGUGUUUCUCUCAUCAAACAGAAGGAUCACAGUGCUUGAUCACAGGUUUUGAUGUGUUGAAGAGUAGAGGACUUGAAAGGGAUAACAGGUGGAUCAAUGUGGGAAUAAUGCUCGCAUUCUUUGUGUUGUAUCGUGUGCUUUGUUGGAUAAUUCUUGCAAGAAAGGCCUCCAAAACAACAAUAUAAUUAAUAACAGUCAUUGCUUCAAACUUGAAAACAAAAACAUAUAAGCUUCAAAUAUAUGGCAGGUUCAUUAGAGUUCACACUAAGAGAAGACUUGCUCCCAUGCCUAUAGUUAAUGUAUGAUAUGAAAUUCUAUGCUACAAACUUAUUCUAGGAAUAAUGUAUGAGUUUAUGUCUCACUGUCCCAUUAUAAAUGUCCUCUUUUCCCUUCUCUCUUGCAAUGUAAAGGAUGAAAGUAACUAGUAGGUUUUGUAGGAA